AUGCCGGGCCCCGACGACGAGGAGCUCGCCGCUCAGGCGACCCGGCCGCCGCCGGAGAGCCCUGCUGCUAACUCCGGAGGAUGGAAGCCAGCUCUGUGCGUGGUCAUUUCCGAGGUCUUCAACACGGGGACUAUACUGCUAAGCAAGGUUGCCAUCGACUGGGGCACGUUCGUCUUCUCGUUGCUCUUUUACCGCAGCAUUUUAGGCGCCGUCUUCACCCUGCCGUUUGCCCUGUUCUUCGAGAGUGGGAAGUGGAAGCACCUGGACAAGAGGGCUCUUGGAUGGCUCUUCCUGAAUGCACUUGCCGGAUAUUCAUCGCCUAUGUCACUGUAUUACUACGGGCUAAGGGACACAGCCGCCUCCUACGCUGUGAUCUUCGCUAGUUUGACUCCGCUCGUCACUUUUGUCCUGUCCAUACUGCUUGGCAUGGAGAAACUGCGCCUCAGCUCCAAAGAGGGCAGUUCAAAGGUGACUGGAGUAUUGGUUUGCUUUGGCGGGGCUCUGCUGAUAAGUCUCUACAAAGGAAAAGUUCUGCUGCUCGGACGUGCAGUUGUAAGAGCGGGCCAUAAGGAUUCCAAUGGAGCUGCUAGUCCACACCAUUUGAGGGGCACCUUGCUUUUGUUGGGUAAUUGCAUAAGCUAUGCAUGUUGGUACCCCAUACAGGUGAAAGUUCUAGGCGUAUACCCAUGGAAACAUUGGUCUUCAGUGGUAACUUGUUUUUUCGGUGGUCUGCAAACAUUUGCCAUAGGAAUAAUCAUGAGAAGGGACAAACUUGCCUGGCAAAUAGGAUGGAAUAUUCAACUACUCACCAUCGUCUACUCAGCUGCACUUGGCACAGCAGCCAAGUACUGGCUGAAUCUGUAUGCGGUGGAAAAACGAGGCCCAGUUUACCCACCGAUGUUCAGCACAUUAUCUGCAGUGUUCAUCAUAAUUCUAGGAACACUAUUACUUGGAGAGAGCCUCACUAUUGGGAGCUUGUUGGGCAGUUGCCUGGUUUUGGGUGGCCUUUAUAUAUACCUCUAUGGAAAGGCCAAGGAACCACAGGCGAAGACUACAAUGUCAGGUUCAAUGGAUAAAGAGCUUCAGGUGUGGCCUACCCGUGGUUCAACAAGUGAGGAUGCAGCAUCUGGUCCAUGA